AUGGGGCUCUACUUACUCGACUACGGUGCAGGAAACGUUCAGAGUCUCGCCAAUUCUCUCACUUCUCUUGGCCAUUCAUUUACCUGGAUUUCUUCACCAGAUGACUUCAAACGUGCUACUUCUCUCGUUUUUCCCGGCGUAGGGGCCUUUGAGACUGCCAUCCAACACCUCGCGUCUCGUGGGCUUCUCCAGCCCCUGCGCGAAUACAUUCUUUCAGGAAAGCCAUACUUUGGCGUCUGCAUUGGCAUGCAGGUUCUGUUCCAGUCUUCAACAGAAUCUUCCUCGGAGGGAUUGGGGAUUAUUCCCUGCCCCAUAGAACGUCUUGACGAUACAGACAAAGCUGUUCCCCAUAUGGGUUGGAACAUUGCCGAUCUCGCUUGUCAGGAUGACCCCGAACAGGUCGCUGACUCGUCGUACUACUACUUCGUGCACUCCUAUUGUGCAAAGUACAACCCCCACAAGUAUCCCGAUGCCGCACAGUGGGCGUACACGACUACUCAGUACGGCCAAGAACUGUUUAUUUCAUCCGUUCGGAAAGCCAAUGUUUUUGGUACUCAAUUUCAUCCCGAAAAAUCCGGAACUGCUGGACUUCAUCUCAUCGAUGCUUGGCUUCGGAAACCCGAAUCCGCCCAUACUUCGUCGCCAGGCGCGAUCUCUGCCCACUCGUCGUCACCUCCACGCGUUCUGAUCCCAAAAUCACAACACCGACUCACCAAACGAAUUGUCGCAUGCAUGGACGUUCGUGCGAAUGACGAUGGUGAUCUUGUCGUCACGAAAGGAGAUCAGUACGAUGUCCGAGAGAAAGCUCCCACGUCCACCGCCUCCACCGUCGCCGCCACAACAGGUGGCGCUGUCCGUAACCUGGGCAAGCCUGUUGCUCUCGCCUCCCAAUACUACCUCGCCGGUGCAGACGAGCUAUGUCUCCUCAAUAUCACCUCUUUCCGUCACUCUCCCCUCCGAGAUCAACCAAUGAUCGCGGUCGUCCGUGCCGCUGCAGAACGCGUCUUCGUCCCUCUCACGAUUGGCGGUGGAAUCAAAGACACCGUCGACCCAGACGGCACUAAGCACCCCGCACUUGAAGUCGCGGGCGCCUAUUUCCGCGCCGGGGCCGAUAAGGUCAGUAUUGGCAGUGAAGCGGUCUUGGCUGUGGAGAAGAUGCUGGCCUCGGAAAAGAAAGAGGGUGAUGGGACGAGUGCGAUCGAGACAAUCGCGUAUGCAUAUGGAAGACAGGCAGUUGUUGUGUCUAUUGACCCUAGACGAGUGUACGUUGAUCCCGAAACGUAUGACGGACCAUACAAGGAAGAAGUAAUUCGAGGACGCCCUGAUUCCAAAGUGAUAGAGGAGAGGGGAAAGGCUUGGUGGUAUCAGUGCACAGUGUCAGGUGGUCGUGAAUCUCGACCGCUCUCUGUCGUCCAGCUUGCCAAGGGUGUGGAGCGGCUCGGUGCCGGGGAGCUGUUGGUUAAUAGUAUUGACCGUGACGGCACAGGUCUAGGGUUCGACCUGGAUCUCAUCCGACUUAUACCCGUAGUGGCGAGUAGUGGCGCAGGGCACUGCGGGGCACUUUGUGAAGUUUUCAAGGAAACUGGGGUAGAAGCAGCCUUGGCUGCCGGUAUAUUUCAUCGUGGGGAGGUGGGCAUCGAAGAUGUCAAAAAAUGUCUCGAUGACAACGAAGUUGGUGUCAGGCUGGGGUAGAACGUCAGCGUAUAAAAACAGAAUAUACUUAUUGAUCAUACAAAUGUUACAGGCGGGAGAAAUCUACAUUACAUGGUUUGGUGUGUACGUAGAUAUCGAAACAGCGAGGAUUACGUGGGAUCAAGAGACAAGAUACACCAAAAAACGGAAAGGACGGGCGACAGUCGUCGUUCGCAGCAAGAGAACACGAAAAGUGUAGAAUGGAGAAGUAGCUGUCCAAAGAAGCAGAGGCCCCGAUGUAUAUAUACAGAGACAUAUGGAGAAAAAUGUGACGUAAACGCAUGGAAUAAUUUUUGAUGCAAACACUGAAUGGUACAAAGGCUUGAGAAGAUGCCUAUCGGCCACGUACGACUCUUCCCAUCUUCU